CCACGCAGACCCAUUGAUCGAUUGAACCCGGAUCAAGUACACAAGCUUCCUGUAGGGACUAGUGAAUUUGCAGUCCAGUAUCAGAAAGACAUUGAGAAAGUAAAAGAAAAUAUACUUAAAGCACAGCAUCAGAUGAUUGAACAGGCAAAUAAACAAAGACGACCGUCUCAAUUUGCUGUAGGAGAUUUGGUUUGGGUGAAAUCUAAGGAGUUUGCUCCUGAAGAGAGCAUCUCCCAGAAGCUUUUACCCGCCUACAGAGGACCUUGGCAAAUUUUAGAUGUGAUUGGAGAUGUGGAUGGUACUUCGUAUGUCAUUGAGAUUCCUCCUCAUCUACGUACAUAUCCAGUGUUCCAUGCGUCCAAGCUCUUACCUUGUGUAACAAAUGAGCUCUUUCCAAGUCGCCGCUCAGCGAUACCUCCAAGUAUGGAUGGGAAGUAUGACGUAGAUAAAAUUGUUGCAGAAAGUACUUACCACACUGGACGUAGAGGCAGACCACAGCGACAGUAUAAGGUACUUACCACACUGGACGUAGAGGCAGACCACAGCGACAGUAUAAGGAUCCGGAAGCUUGAACACUUUGCAGUGCGUCACGACAUACUUCAAUCCCUUGAAGGAUGCCUCACACUCUUCGAUCCACGCUCAAGGGGUGUCAAGGCGUGUGAGAUGGGAGUUUUCAGCAGCAAAAGGGCUGAUCAAGACGUGGGAAACCCAGGGACUGAGAAGCAUGUAACGUUUGAAGGAGUUAUGGUGAAACCAGGUCCAAAUAAUUCUGCACGGCAUGGGUGGCGUCUACAAGGUUCGCGGAGUGCAAAGCAUUUUCUGGAUGUGAAGUCAACUGGGAUGGCAUUUCCAUCGGUGUCAUCGCCACCAAGCACAGGGGCGAUGUCACCACCGUGCUUUCAUUUGAGAUGCCCGCCCUUUUCGCUGUGGACCUUACCAGAUGCUGUGGUGUCAUCACCAUUUGCAAGAAUAACCUCACAGAUUGCAAACAUGAAGUCCUUCACAUGGAAACCGUUCUCCAUAUCCCUCUAUGACAUGUUCAAGGAGCACCACCCAGAAAGUACAACACUGGCAAACUUCUCCAUAAAUGUUUUCUGGGGGCAGCUGCUGACUGAGUCACUGGCAGAGCAGCUUGGUUUGGUAGGGCAGUGCUUUGAAGGGGGUAUCGGCAUCCAAUCAAACAAGGAGGCAGCAGCGAAGUUGUAUAUACUGGCUCUAGAGUGGUCAUCCAGUUCAGAAGAGGAGGAGAAGAGCAAUCAAGGAGUUUGCCAUGCGUUGUCUUUUCUGACGAGGGGGCAGACAACGGAGGCACUAUGCAAUCUGGCAAGAUGCUGUGACCUUGGCAAGGGAAGGCGAAGGGACCCGGAACAGGCCUUGAAGUUCUACGAGAUUGCGGCCAGUAAAGGCGAUCAUGUGGCAAUGUACCAUCUGGGACGGUUUUGCGAGUAUGGGAGAGGGGGGAAAGAGAGGUCAGAUAAAGAGGCCCGCAUGUGGUACGAGCGAGCAUCAGAGUCUGGGAACCCAGCAGCGUUCUUCAAGCUGGGGCUCUACUACCUUGACCCUCGCUUUGCCACUGCCAAUGACGACAUGAAUCCGAAGGAGGCGGCCCUUAAAUACUUUGAAAAGGGAGCUGAGGCUGGCCAUCCAGAGGCGCAGUUCCUGCUUGCAUCAAUGGGGGCAGAGGGGAUGUGCAUGUCUCCUGCUCAGGACUGGUUGGAGAAAGCUGCAUCCCAGGGUUGUUUGCUAGCGAUUUUAUCGCUGAAGUUGCCAGCACUUACGACACUGCCGAAGCAAUAUCUGAAGUCAUACGGGCCAUGGAAGUGGGGCCACUAUAGCGAGAAAGGUCUAGAAAACCUGAUCAAGGAGGGAAGGCACUUUGAAGCAGGAUAUGCUUACAUGAACGGAUUUGGAGAAGUGCAAGAUGAGGCAAAGGGCUUGAUUUGUUUUUCCAAGGCAUGGGAGGGGCUGCUUCAAUGUGUCAAUGCUUCUGAGCCGAGUGCCAAAGGGGGCUCGGCAUGGAGCACCGUCCAUUGGAUGGAGGAAAUCCUCAGCAGCGACUUACUAGCCUGUCAAGAGGGCUGUUUGCAGUACAACAUUGCUCUGUGUUUCGCACUAGGAAGAGGAGUUCCACAGACAAAGAGCAUGGAGCGAUACUGGUUGAAACUUGGAGAAACCUUUUCGCAACCCGUCCCGAAUUGGGAAACGCUGUUGGGGAAGGCCGUGAUCCAUCAGGAGCAGGGAAGUGAUGCAAAGUCAUCGAAGUGGUUUGAUCGAGCUGGGUUUGGCUUUUUCGGUAAUCCAAACAGGUCGCAGGAGGACAGGGGAGUCAUAGCCUGUGAUGUAAAACUGCUGGAAAGGCAGUCAAUGAGGAAAGAUUGUGGCACCACGGAGAGGAUAGCAGGUACGGGGACGGCAUCACUGUCACGCGAAGAAGGGCUUGGGCUUCAUAGAAGUGCUGAUGAUGAUGCAUCUGAAUACGGCUCAGCUGGUGAGGAUCUGGAACACGAGGACGGUUCUCAACUGCAGAUGGCUAUGUCUGUGCUCAAGGACCUUGCAAAGGAGCUGUUGACCAAGAAUGAGUUUCUAAGUCAGUUGUCGAGGGUAAGUGACGAAAGAGUGGACGAAAGAGUGAGAAGCCUUCGAUUGGAUGGCGAGCAGUGGAGGGUGCUGGAGAAGCUGACACAAAACUUGCUGCAGAAGGAACGAGAGGACAAAGUGCGGGAUGGACUUCGACAGGCACUCUAUCUUGGGCAGUACUACAAAGGCAUCCAGCGUGAGUUGAUGGAAUACUUCAUAAGCGCAAAGGCGGCCGAUGGAGGGUUUGUUCCACCUCUUGCAAAGUAUACCAUGGCAACUGAACUUCUUGCAGGUGCAGCAGAGUUUGUACCUAUUGUCGGUAACCCGCUGGCCACGUUCAUACAGAUGCUGGGAGCAACAAUCGGGACACAAGCAGUCAUGAAGAUUAUUAAAAGGAUCUCCAAGUGGGCAGACACCCCUGACGAGUUCGGGCGCAUAGCUGACUGGGCAGCACAUGUGCUGACCCUCCAUUUCAAGGACGAGAUUGAAGAGGCAGGGAGAUCGGAUGCAGAGAAACUGUCAAAGCACGAGAGGGCACAUCUCAGGAACAUCUCUGCCGAUGUUCAGGACGCGGGUGGCGAUUCUCCGGAGCAGCCUGUGAAGUUUCUGAGCCAGAAGGUUGUGAAAAUGGUGAAGGAUCAUGUGCGAAGGAUUAUGACAGCAACGCAGAAAGGGGAGGUUGUACGGGAAGACAGGUGGGAGGAGGAGGAACAGAGGAGGAGAUUGGUCCGUGCCAUGGUGGUUGCCAUCACACAGCAAGAGCCGCCGCCUUCCCAGCUACAGCCUUUUUUAACUGGGAUAAGAGAGAGGCUAGAAUCCUCAAUCGGUGAAGCCACGGAGUUGAAGCACAGGAAAGUCCGGAGCUGGUCUCAUUUUGAUCCCGACUUGAGUGACUCAGAAGAACACACAAACACGGCCUUGCGACGGAAACUAGAGACAGCAGACGAGGAGAAAAAGAAGCUGCAGCAGACACUCUCAGAAGCGAUGGAGGAGAACGCGAAGUUACUGGAGGAGAUUAGAAGGCUUGAAGGCCGUUGUGAUUUGCUGCACAGGGAAUGUGCUGAUAAACAGGAGUCACUGAAGCACUGCCUGGAAGAUAUUGAAGCACUGAAACGCGAGCUCUCAUUUCUCACGCAGCGGCACUUCGACUAUGUGCAGGGGGAGCUCUCCUUUCUCACCAAGAGGUAUGUAGCCUACAUUCGCAAUGAUCCAAUACGCCCAAGGCGUGUUCCGUCUGAGGAGCUGGCCGCCAGGGGUGCUACCCUUACCGGCAGCAGGUACCCUGAUCGUACGGCCAAAGGGGUUAAGUGCCGUAAUGCCCGGAUGCGCCCUUCGGGUUCCUCCAGGAUAAGGUCACAUUCCGCCUCUCCUGGACAUCGAUUGGCAGGGGUUUACAGUGACGAUGACGAGGAGGUUCAGCCAAGAGAACAGCCAAGGAAACAUACGAAGAAUUACAGUGGUCUGUCGGGGAUGUUUCUGGGGCGGAAAAGGAAAAUUUCAAGGGGCGCAGAUGAUGCGUACGUCGCAUGAUCUCCUUCUGUUAACUUGUACAUAUCCAGUUUAGUCCAUUUGCCCGAUGACGCAGUUGAAAGCCUUUUACUUUUGGUUUACCAUUUCAAAGGGGUGAAGACAACAAUCGACGCUGUACUUUUAUAUUGUUAUAUCAAUCAGCUUAUACACGCUAUUCAUUUUACCUCCAGAAUUCCAAUCCAAGAUUGCUGGAGAAGUUGCAAUAAUGUACUCCGAUGGAGCGUAGACAUAACCUUGCCAAGCAAUUGAGUGCUGCAACUCGGAGGAGAGAAGGAAUCGAACCGCAGACCUCCAUUCCAUCUUCCUCUCCCUUACCUGCACCAGGUUCUGACCCACACAUCUAAGCGAAGUUGGCACGGGCUCGGUGAGUGAUCAGGGCCCUCAAGUUCAAUCUUCUCCCUGUAGUGAUUUCUUUAUUGGCCAGUGAGUUCAAACUUCUAAUGCCCCAUAAGCUCUGUGCAAAGGUUCU